AUGGAGAAAUUAGCGUUUGCCCUGGUCGUCUCAGCGAGAAAGUUACGACCCUACUUCCAGGCACAUUCUAUCAUCGUGCUUACUGACCAGCCUCUAAGGCAGAUUUUGGGGAAGCCAGAGCUCUCAGGGAGAAUGUUGAAGUGGUCAAUGGAGUUAACAGCAUUCGACCUAGAGUAUCGACCUCGGUCAGCUAUUAAGGCCCAGGCCUUAGCUGAUUUCAUCGCCGAAGGAUUUGGGCUUGGUGGACCUCUAGAAGACAGCCUAGGACCAUGGAUGUUGGCAGUGGAUGGCAGCUCAAACUCUGGGGGCGGAGGAGCUGGGCUAAUGAUAAAGAGCCCAGAGGGUCAGUCCUGGUUAUACGCUCUGCAUUUUUACUUUUGGAUGUCUACAAAUGAGGCAGAGUACGAGGCCCUCAUAGCUGGGUUGAGGCUCGCAGCACAGCUUGGGGCAAAGCAUCUCAACAUACAAUCUGAUUCUAACCUUGUUGUUCAGCAGGUGAAGGGAGAAUACGAGGCUAGGGAGGACCACAUGUCCAAAUAUUUGAUUUUCGUUCAGGAACUGAUGAAUCGUUUUCAAUCUGUAAGGAUUGAGCAUGUGCCUCGAUCCCAGAAUAUGGAAGCAGACACUUUGUCCCGGAUCGCAUCGGCCUCUUUUCCAACCAAUUCUAGACAGAUUCUUAUCGAGACAUUACCUCAAAGAAGCAUUGAUGAGAUGGUGGAGCAGCUAUGUCUCGAUCUAGAGCCAAGUUGGAUGGACCCUUUUGUUAGUUAUUUGAAGGAUGGAAAGCUACCAGAGAGUGACUUAGAGGCCCGGGAGCUAAAAAGGAGGGCCCAAAAAUUUAUACUAAUCAACGAAGAGUUGUACAAGAGAUCCUUCACUCAACCACUCUUGAAGUGCGUCAAGCCACGUGAGGCUGACUAUGUUUUAAGAGAGAUCCAUGAGAGAAUAUGUGGGAGUCACAUAGGAGCCCGAACGCUUUAUCAGAAAGCCCUUCGACAAGGGUACUACUGGCCGACUAUGGUGUCUGAUGCAGAGCAGUUGGUCAAGAAAUGUGAAAGAUGCCAACGGGUCUCCAACCUAAUUCAUGUUCCUAGCGCCAUGCUCACCCACCUGGUUCAGCCGUGCCCUUUCGCCCAAUGGGGGAUUGAUAUUCUGGGUCCAUUCCUGCCUGCCACAGAUCGGACGAUCAAGGAAUGGUGUCAAGAAUUGGGGAUCAAGCAGCACUUCACCUCAGUAGCUCAUCCACAGGCUAACGGACAGAUUGAGCUUGCUAAUAGGACUAUGCUCCAUGGAUUAAAAGCCCGGGUGGACAAGGCAGAUGGAAGUUGGGUGGACGAGUUACCGAGCAUCCUUUGGUCUUAUCAGACCACGAGGAGGGGGUCCACCGGAGAAACCCCAUUCAAUUUAUGUUACGGCUCAGAGGCCCUUAUUCCGGUAGAGAUCGGGAUCCCAACUUUUAGGAUGGAGCAUUUUGAUCCAGAAUCCAAUGAACAAGCCUUGAGGAAUAAUUUAGAUACAGUGGAGGAGCUUCGGGACGAAGCAAGGGUCCGCCAAGCGGUUUAUAAUCAGCGAAUUGAGAGGUACUAUAAUCGAAGGGUGAAAGCUCGAAGUUUUCUACCUGGCGAUCUGGUCCUUCGACGAGCGAGUGUGAGCAAUCCCCGAGACUCCAACAAGUUGUCGCCGACUUGGGAAGGCCCCUAUCAGGUUACCGAGACCCUCAGCCCAGGGGCAUACCGGCUUGGAACUAUGGACGACACUCCAAUAAAGAAUGCGUGGAAUAUUUAG